AUGCCGAAACAGGCAGUUUUUGCGAGUGCAUACAAUCGGCCGCAGCCUUGUCAAGGGCCCGACGUCCCAUAUAAGAAUGAGCCAGCCUCGAAUCCAGUGCUCCGAGGUCUGCCACUUGCGAUUGUCUCGUCAAUUAUCGCGACAUCCAGCUAUGUCCAGAAAGUCUUCUGGAGGCUGAAUGGCUUAGACAAGGUCAAGGAUAUCAGCCACCUUACCGACUAUGAACCGCGCCUGGAUCCUACCGUCAUUCCGGUCCCCACGUCCUCUGAUACGCCUAUCGCCCUACCGGAGCUGUCGUCUCCAGCUACCCAAAUCAGCAACUACCACACUUGCGCAGACUAUCAUGCAGCGUACACAUCCGGCAAUCUCACGCCGUCUGAUGUCGCUGAAUACCUCCUGUUGUUGAUACGGCGCGAUACCGAACCCGCUGGACCAUACUCUGUGGCCUUUAUCGAUUCCAAUGUCGAGCUGGUACGAGCUGCCGCCAAAGCCUCGACGCAAAGAUAUCGGGAUGGCCGCCCACUGAGCGUGUUGGACGGUGUUCCUUUGGCCGUGAAAGAUGAAGUGCACAUGACGGGGUACAAGAGAAGGCUGGGAAGCAAGGUAGACUUUUCAGAUCCGAAAGACCGUACUGCUUGGUGCGUUCAGAAGUGGCAAGAAGCAGGUGGCGUUGUUAUUGGUGCCUCAAACAUGCAUGAGGUUGGUCUUGAUACCACGAACAACAACCAGACCUGGGGAACGCCGCUCAACCCUCACAACAACGGGUAUUAUACUGGUGGCAGCUCAGGCGGUUCUGCCUUUUCCGUGGCUUCGGGACUCUGUCCAAUCGCUCUGGGAGUCGACGGUGGUGGCUCUAUCAGACUGCCAUCAGCAUUCUGUGGCAUAUAUGGACUGAAGCCAUCUCAUGGUCGCAUCUCGUCCAGGGUCGGCCUCGAAUACACUGACAGUGUCGGGACUCCUGGCCCGUUAGCAUGCAGUCUCGACGAUCUGGCUCUGGCGUACCGCAUCAUGGCUCAGCCAGAUCCUGACUCGCAUCGAAGCGGACGAUUUCCCAAUCCCUUGACGAAAUCGGCUCAAACCGUCCACAAAACCGAGAAGAAGUACAUUGGUAUAGACCGAGGCUGGCUGAACAGAUCGGAUCCCGUCGUGCUCGACAUGUUUAACAUUGCUGUCGACCAUUAUGUGAAGUCACAAGGUUAUGAAGUCGUCGAUAUCGAAAUUCCUCUCCUUCCUGACGGCCAAAAGGCGCACGCCCUUACCAUUCUCUCGGAGUCUCGCAGCCAGUUGACACCUGAGAAAGUCAAGAAGCUUUCGUGGCACAACCAGUUACUCCUCAGUGUCGUUGGGACGCACGCUCAAGCACAAGAUUUCAUCUUUUCGCAAAAACUGCGCAAUCUCCUAAUGUGUCAUCUUGCGUGGUUGUGGGAGGAGUAUCCUGGCAUGGUGAUCCUGACACCUACAACGCCCUGUGCGGGUUGGAAAAUUGGGAAGCCCAGUGAUGUUACCAGCGGAUAUGGUGUGAGCGACAGCGACAUGAGCUUGAAAAGUAUGGAGUACGUCUAUCUGGCGAACUUUGUAGGCACACCAGCUAUAUCAUGUCCUAUGGGCUACACCGAUGCCAAUGUACCCGUUGGUCUUAUGGCUAUGGGCGAAUGGGGUAGCGAAGAGCAACUGAUUGCAUUUGGCAAGGAAGGUGAGGGCUUGUUCACGAAAGAAGGUGGUAUACGAAGGCCUCAAGGUGAGAAGAUGUGGGUUGAUGUCCUCGCCGAGGCUCCAGCUAGCCAGUAG